AUGGCAUACUACUAUCAGGAUGCCACCAUCAGAGUCGUUAUACUAUUUAUUCAGAUCUCACCUUCUUCCGCACAGGCUCGUCAGAUGCAGAUUGGCAGCCACCGGCUCCUCCUUUUCGUCCUCCGCCGCAACUCGUCGGAUCUCAUCGUACGACCGUUGAGGAGUCCUGGUGGCGGUCAUACUGAUGCACAACCACCAGCAAAGCGGAUCCAGAAAUCCGGAUAUGGAUUUCAUAUAUGGUGGUCGGGAUAUUGA